GUGCAUUUUACUAAAGCUGAUUCAGUGAAUGCAAUAAGGUUUCCAUCUUUGUCUUUAUACAAUGGGCGUAACUAGAGCAACCCAUUUCACCCUCACAGUCUGCGCUUCUGCAGUUCACGUACCAAAGCAGUCCACGCUGCGUCUGCACAGACCGUGACGUCAGCCGCAGACUUGCAAUCUAGUGAACGCACCCAUUGAAAGAUAUAUCUACACAUAUCAGCUGUUUCCCGGAGAACCUUGCUGAGCCCCUACCAUAUUGGAUCAGAUUAUUUGAUAGAGGACAGUCCUAUCUUGUGAUUCAUCAUGGGGGAGCUGUUCCGCAGUGAGGAGAUGACCCUGGCCCAGCUAUUCCUGCAGUCUGAGGCUGCCUAUUGCUGCGUCAGUGAACUGGGAGAACUGGGAAUGGUCCAGUUUCGAGAUCUCAACCCUGAUGUGAAUGUGUUCCAACGCAAAUUUGUUAAUGAAGUGAGGAGAUGCGAAGAAAUGGAUCGAAAGCUGAGGUUUGUGGAAAAGGAAAUUAAGAAAGCCAACAUAUCGAUUAUAGAUACUGGGGAGAAUCCAGAGGUCCCCUUUCCAAGAGACAUGAUCGAUUUAGAGGCGACGUUUGAGAAACUGGAAAACGAGCUCAAGGAGAUCAACACGAACCAGGAAGCGCUGAAGAAGAACUUCUUGGAGCUCACAGAGCUGAAGCACAUCCUUCGAAGGACCCAGCAGUUCUUCGACGAGCAGAUGGCGGAUCCUGAGCUGUUGGAGGAGUCGUCUUCUCUGCUGGACCCGAGCGAGGUGGGGAGAGGAGCUCCACUGCGCCUUGGCUUCGUGGCUGGAGUGAUAAACCGGGAGCGAAUCCCUACCUUUGAGCGGAUGAUGUGGAGGGUGUGUCGAGGCAACGUGUUCCUGCGACAGGCUGACAUCGAGGACCCCCUGGAGGAUCCAGCCACGGGAGACCAAGUCCACAAAUCAGUGUUCAUCAUCUUCUUUCAAGGUGACCAGCUGAAAAACAGAGUCAAGAAAAUAUGCGAAGGGUUCCGCGCCUCUCUCUAUCCUUGCCCUGAAACCCCCCAGGAGAGAAAGGAAAUGGCAGCUGGUGUCAACACCAGAAUUGACGACCUUCAGAUGGUCUUAAAUCAAACGGAGGACCAUCGCCAGAGGGUCCUGCAAGCUGCUGCCAAGACAACACGAGUGUGGUUCAUCAAAGUGAGGAAAAUGAAGGCUAUCUACCACACCCUGAACCUGUGCAACAUCGACGUCACUCAGAAGUGCCUCAUCGCUGAGGUCUGGUGUCCGGUCACAGAUCUGGACUCCAUUCAGUUUGCUCUCCGCAGAGGCACCGAAAGUAGUGGCUCCACGGUUCCUUCCAUCCUGAACAGAAUGCAGACCAAGCAGACACCGCCAACGUACAACAAAACCAACAAAUUCACUGCCGGCUUUCAGAACAUAGUUGAUGCCUACGGCAUUGGAACUUACAGGGAGAUCAACCCAGCUCCGUACACGAUUAUCACCUUCCCGUUCCUGUUCGCUGUGAUGUUUGGGGACUUCGGUCACGGCAUCCUGCUGACCUGUUUCGGGGUGUGGCUGGUGCUCAGGGAAAGCCGUAUCCUCUCGCAAAAAAAUGAUAAUGAGAUGUUCAACACGGUGUUCAGCGGCCGCUACAUGAUCCUCUUGAUGGGGUCCUUCUCCAUUUACACGGGGCUCAUCUACAACGACUGCUUCUCCAAAUCGCUCAACAUGUUCGGCUCAGGCUGGAGUGUUCGGCCCAUGUUCACGAAAGCAAACUGGACAGAUGAAAUUCUGAAAAACAACCGCUUGCUUCAGCUGGACCCUGCCCUUCCUGGAGUCUUCAAUGGACCGUAUCCCAUUGGAAUAGACCCGAUUUGGAAUAUCGCUACCAAUAAACUGACCUUCCUGAACUCCUUCAAAAUGAAGAUGUCAGUUAUUGUGGGUAUUAUCCACAUGCUGUUUGGGGUAACCCUGAGCCUACUCAAUCACCUCUAUUUUAAGAAACCCCUGAACAUCUACCUUGGUUUUAUUCCCGAAAUGAUUUUCAUGUCCACGCUGUUCGGGUACCUGGUCAUCCUUAUCAUUUACAAGUGGGGCGCCUACGAUGCAUUUACAUCAAAGGAUGCUCCCAGCCUGCUCAUCCACUUCAUCAACAUGUUCCUGUUCAACUACAGCGAUCAGACCAACAAGAUGCUGUAUUCAGGACAGGUCGGGCUGCAGUGUUUCUUGGUGGUUGUGGCUUUAUUGUGUGUCCCGUGGAUGCUGGUGGUCAAACCACUGGUGCUGAGACAUCAAUACCUGAGGAAAAAGCAUCUAGGAACCCAAAAGUUUGGAGGGAUCCGUGUGGGAAACGGACCUACUGAAGAAGACGCAGAGAUCAUUCAGCAUGAUCAGCUCUCCACGCACUCGGAUGACGAGAACGAGCCUUCAGAUGUUGAAGUGUUUGACUUUGCUGAUGCAGCCGUUCACCAGGCCAUCCAUACCAUUGAAUACUGUCUGGGCUGCAUCUCCAACACUGCCUCCUACCUGCGGCUGUGGGCUCUCAGCCUGGCUCACGCACAGCUGUCUGAAGUGUUGUGGACAAUGGUCAUGAGCAUUGGCCUGUGCAUCAACAGCUACGCAGGAUUCUUCAUCCUGUCCUUCAUCUUCGCUGCCUUUGCCACCCUGACCAUUGCAAUCCUGCUAAUCAUGGAGGGCCUGUCUGCUUUCCUGCACGCCCUCCGUCUGCACUGGGUUGAGUUCCAGAAUAAAUUCUACACCGGCCAGGGCUUCAAGUUUGUUCCUUUCUCGUUCGGGAGCAUCCUUGAAGGGAGGUUUGAAGACUAAUGGGAUCCCAGCCCGUCUGUGUUUUGAAAUGUGUUGUGAUGUGUGUUUGUGUAUCAUGCAGUAGCUCUCUUGACUGGGACAGUGUUUCUGUGCAUCCAAGCAGUAACGAUGAGUGGCAAGCAACCUGUAGUCCGAAAUACAACUUUCCGUUUGUUUGUGGUGGAGUUAAAUGGCCUUCUAUUAACACUAAUGGCUGAACUGGUGGAUUGAUAAUAUGUUACAUAUAAAUUUGUUUAAGAUUAACCUUUAACCUUUUUUUUUUGUCGCUGCAGUUAUAUUGCACUAACGUAUUGAACAGCCCUGAUUUUAAGAAGCAAACAAGUAAAAAGAGAAAGAAAGGUACCAAGCAAACUAAACUGGGUUCAUUUAAAGACAAGCCAUGCGUGAAACAGUCCUUGACAUGGGGUUCCGUCAUUAAGGUAACAUUGAAAUAGGACCAUUUUAUUCAUAUGGAAACGCAGGAUUUUUUUUUUUUUACUUCAUAAUUAUCCCCCAGUACAGUUAUCCCUCAGAUGACUCCAAAUCACAUGAACCCUUAUGGAGCCCAUAAUCACAUAAUAUACUAUGAAUGGCUACGCUACACAGUCCUGUGAACGACAGGACAAUUCCAGUAAUAAUAAGAUAGAAACUGUACAUCUCUAAUGCGUUCCUGUGGCGUUUAUUUUGUUGUUAACGUGCAGUUUUAGUUUCCUAGUUGUGGGAGGCUCUUAUUAAAGUCAGCAUUCUAGCAUGAGAAGCCUGAGGUUGAAGGAAAUCCUUUGUGGUUAUACUAAUAAAAAGUAAAGCUCCAGUUAAUUGCACAGCUCUUCACCUAGUAAGAGGAGUGGGUCUGUAAACCAAGGGCAACCAGGCUCUUCAGGUUCAUAGUGCAGUGCACAACACAGGAAGAGUGAAGCUGAGCACAAGAUCUGGAAAAGUUCUGAAGCUGCAGGCUUGCAAGCGGGAUCAUUGUGUACGUGGCACCUUUUUUUAAAAUUACUUGCCUGCUGUAUUUUUGCCAUGACAGAGUCUCACCUAGCAACACUUGAUCUUCUCUUUAGAGUUCAAAUACCCUGCAUUCCUACAGACCAGUGCUAUCUAGGACUGUCUUCAAGUCGGUCAAUGCUAAUAGGUUUGUGUUCCUGAGUGAAGCUGCAAUUAUUCUUGUGAUUGUUUUAAUGCCUGAUUUAUUUUAGCCUGCACAUGCCAAGUCCGUUCCUUUAGAUUUAUUGGCACAAGGGGAUCAAAAACAUGCCAUUCUUGCUACGCCCUGUAGCAAGAAUUUCAAGAGUAUGAAAUAGAUGCCACGGUAUUUAUGGCCUCUCAUUCCAUCUAUUGGAUUGCUGUGUGCGGAGUGGUGCAUAGAAAUCAGUUCUAGCAUCAACACAAACUCAGUAAUAAGCUAGAUAGAUGGGUUUAGAUGUAAGAUGCUAAUAGGGAUUAAUCGUCUCAAUACUGGUUUUCUGGUUUAAAAAAGCGGGUUGUUUACAUAGGAGUCGACAGCAUACUCUCGUUUUAAAAUGGAUACAGUUAAUGCUAUAUCAGUACUUGCGAUAUAAUGAUGGAAAUAUGUGGCAUACAGUUUGAGUCAUUCCAUUAAAAACAAUCUGUGAUGGGUCAAAUCAAUCUAAACUUGGAUUACUGUUGCUCUGUAGCACCCCCUGUUGGUCAAACUCAGUGUGAAUAACUACUGAGAACUUCUAUCUACAAAACUACCUGUCCAAAUUAACUGUAUGCUUUAUGGAUAUUAAAUAUAUAAGUCCAUAAACAAAAAAGGCAUUUUGCUGAUUUUUUUUUCUUCUUUUCAACGUGAUACAUGUAGCGUAAAAUGAACAGGAAAUCUAUUCCCUUUCAGAUUUUAUUCUUGAAAAAAAAUAAAAACAAUAAAACAUAUCACAAUAUUCUAUUCAAAAAAGAAAUCAAUCAACCAUAGUAAAUAUACACCAGAUUCUGCUGUUGUCGAGUCAGUGGUAAGCUUGUUGUUGUGUGUAAGUGGUCUGUGAUAACUCUGUGUGUGUAGUGCGUUUUACAUGUUAAUUUAUUUUGAUGUUUACAGUGUUUGUGUAAAAUGGGUUGCACUACUAUUCAAGAAUAAGUUCUAUCAGUUGAAUGAUAUCUCCCUGGAAAAUAGUUAUACGUUAUCUGUGUGAAUUAUGAGUCCCAUUCAUAAACUGUAAGGACUUUAUAAAUAAUGUUUUGUUAAGGACUGUUUUUUUUUUUUUUUUUUUAAAUCAAUUUUGAUCGAUUUAAAUCAAGAUCACAAAACCCUUUUUUCGAUUUGUUUUAGAGAAACUGUCAAACACUCUUCAAAAAGUCCUGGGGAUUAAAAAGAAGAAAAAAAACAUUCCUUAAAACAGCCCUUUAGUGAAAUAAGGUUCAAUGGCCAUAGUGAGUGACGUGUUUGUGUAUUAGCAAUUAAUAAAGGAAACAAAACUGGG